AGGUGUAUCGAUAUAAUGUUCAUACUUGAAAUCGUACACGCAUUUAUUUAAAUAUAUAAAAUUGCAAUAUUACGUAAUCUUGUUAAUGAUAAGUAUCACUAAUUUCACCUUUCGCAAGCAUUAAAAAUAGUACAACAAAAUAUAAGUGACAGAAAUGGUAGCGAUAUACAAAUGUACAGGGCUGUACGCAUUGUUCGGCGGUCUCGAGUUAUCCAGAAAAUGGACGAACAAUUCCGAAUGCGUUCCGUACUCGUCGUAUUCGACUUUGAUCAUACGAUUUCCAAUGACAAUACCGACGUCGUGGCUCGAAAGCUGUUGCCCCAGGAAAAAUUAACAGACAGCGUGAAGGAAUUGUGUCGUCCUUAUGGUUGGAUCGCAUACAUGGCGAAGAUAUUCGAAUUGCUGCACGCCAAUUCCAUCAACAUAAAACAAAUCGAACGCGCUAUUGUCAACAUAUCACCUGUGCCGGGUAUCGAAACGCUUUUGAAAGAAUUACACUCCAACGAUUGUGAAAUUAUUAUUAUCAGCGAUUCGAAUACAUUAUUUAUCGACUAUUGGUUAAAAAGCAAACAUUUAGAUCACGUUAUCACCAAAGUAUUUACAAAUCCCGCGAGACUCGAUGAGAAAGGCAUGAUACAGAUAGAUAUGUACCACGUUCAAGACUCUUGCAAAUUAAGCACCGUUAAUUUGUGCAAGGGACAAAUCCUAGAAACUUACAUUAAACAAAGACGCGACGAGGGAGUAAAUUUCGAUCGAGUUGUAUACGUUGGAGACGGAAAAAACGAUUUAUGCCCAAUUUUACGUCUUUCGGAACGCGAUUUAGCAUUUCCGCGAAAAGAUUAUAUGCUUAUCAAGAUCUUAAAUGAUACCGAAAAUCACGAGAUUCCGAAAGUGAAAGCCCGCGUCUUUCCUUGGAGCGACGGCAUUCAAAUCUUAAAAAAGUUAGAAGAAGAAAUUGGUUUGUCUCAGUCUUCUUUAUAAUUUUGAAAUAUGAUAGAAAUAAAGAUGAAUCAUAAUUACUAACAAGAAAUAAUUGUAAGUGAUAUAUUAUCAAAUUUAAUUAUUUUUAAGUUAUCUAAACGUAUAAUUCUUCUUUCCAUAUUUUCUUUAAUUAAUAGAAAUUUUAAAGCAUGAUAAUAGAUGUAAAAGGAUGUUUAGCAAACAAUUAAAUAUGAUUUGAUUUCAACUGUAAUUUAAUAGAUGAUUUUGUAUAAAUAUACAUACACAUAUAUGUACA